GCCCACACCUCUGUCCGCACAGGUGUGGCAGUGUGGCGGCAGCAUGGAGGUGCUGCCCUGCUCUCGCGUGGCCCACAUUGAGCGCACCAAGAAGCCCUACAACAACGACAUCGACUACUACGCAAAGCGCAAUGCGCUGCGGGCGGCUGAGGUGUGGAUGGACGACUUCAAGUCCCACGUGUACAUGGCCUGGAACAUCCCCAUGACGAACCCAGGGGUGGACUUCGGGGACGUGUCCGAAAGGCUGGCCCUGCGCCAGAGGCUGAAAUGUCGGAGCUUCAAGUGGUACUUGGAGAAUGUGUACCCAGAGAUGAGGGUCUACAACGACACCCUCACGUACGGAGAGGUGAGAAACAGCAAAGCCAGUGGCUACUGCUUGGACCAGGGUGCAGAAGACGACGACCGAGCAAUCCUCUACCCCUGCCAUGGGAUGUCCUCCCAGCUGGUACGGUACAGCGCCGACGGCCUCCUGCAGCUGGGCCCCCUGGGCUCCACGGCCUUCCUGCCCGACUCCAAGUGUCUGGUGGACGACGGCAGGGGCCGCACACCCACCCUGAGGAAGUGUGAGGAUGUGGCUCGGCCGACGCAGCGGCUGUGGGACUUCACCCAGAGUGGCCCCAUUGUGAGCCGAGACACGGGCCGGUGCCUGGAGGUGGAAAUGUCCAAAGACGCCAACUUCGGGCUCCGGCUGGUGGUGCAGAGGUGCUCGGGGCAGAAGUGGAUGAUCAGAAACUGGAUCAAACACGGGCGGCACUGACCCUCCCGCCUCCACGCUGGGACCCCUCCACUUGAUGUGGACCCUCGCAGACUUUGGGGAGUGUUGGGCUGAGCCUGCCGGGCUGGAAGCUGGCACCACCCCCCUCUGCACCCACCUGCCCAGAGCAGCCCUGGCCGUGCCUGCGGCAUCUCAGGGCUGGGCCCUGUCGCCGGGGAUGGUGGAGGCAGGCGGCCAGGGCACCGGCCACUCCAUUGGGGAUGCAAACUCUCCCUCCUGGGACAGGUGGCCCUGCCCAAGGGAGGGCAUCUGAGGACAGCUCACUCUGACUCUGAAUCACGUGCCUUUUCUACGGUAUGUCCUGUCGAGGCUGCCUGGACAGCCUCCUCUUCUGCAUGUGCUAACGCCCUUGUACAUACCCCAACGCGGAAAUAAGCCCACCCUGUCCCACGCGUGAGGACGAGCCCAGGCAUCUUGGAUCAACAGAGCUUGGCCUCGGGGCAGAACCACCGCUGCCCUCACUCCCCCGCCCCACCGUCUUAUCAUGAACUAAGUUAGAAAUCAAAGAGCAGCUCCUCGUGGUCUGGUAAGAGGGGAAGUGGGGAGAAAGCCACAGCUGCACUGGUCACAGACAAAUGCCAGGGGCAGUGUUUAGGAGACUGACUGACCACUUCAGCGGAGACCAAAUAAAGACUGGAUUACCCAGCAGGGAGGCCGAUGUCCGUCUGCGUCUGAGUGGGAAUCUGAGCUGGCGGCUGCUGGGCAGGCGUCCCCAAUCUGCCAUCCCACCAGGGGCCCGGGCUCCUGCCAUCCUUCCCCGCCCUGGCCCCUCGCCUGUUUCUACAAAUAAAGUUUUAUUGGCACACAGCCAUA